GGGAUGUUAGUCGUCGAUGGUUCAACUAAUAUAAUUGUAGCUUUCAUAUUAACUGCAUAAGAUCGAGCGGCGAUAACACAUCCAGUGGGAAAGAAAUGUAUGUGGAGAUCCUUUAAAACGGUAUAACUUUUUUCAAAUUUAACGAAACAUUUCGAGUUUUUUUUAAAUGUUACAGGGACUAGUACUUGUGACAGUUAUAGACUCACAUAAAAAAUUUUAAAAAGUUUUUAUUUUUUUGUUAUUUCAAGCAAUAACUACAUUCAAAAAAAGUAUUUUAGUAAUUAGGGCAUGGGCGAGUCACGAUCCAUGACUCGUCCUUCAGACACCUACGAGACACGAAAAACGAUAUGACAUUGUUUCUUCUGUGUUCCACGCGGGGCUGUUCAUGUUAUUUGUAGUAAUGUACACAGAGUAGUAGAGUAGUAGUGGAGUAGUGGCUUGUGGCUUCGAUCAUUGCCGAAAUAACUCGCUCAUGCCUGAUCUAGUAGAAUGAUCGUCCUAUCUCCUAAAAAAAUAUAAUUCAUGUAGUCCACUUUUCAGAGAAUUAUCAUUCUAAAGGUAAAUAUGUUUGUCCAUCACUGUAUAAGGAAAAGUUAUUCAGAACGAUAACGUUGACAACACAUUUCAAGCCCAUAAAAAUCGAUGAUGGAUCUUAUGAUAGAAUUAAAAUUCCCAGAGUGCAACACUUUUUGUUUUUCAAAGAUCUGUAUUUUUGCGAUUUCUUCUUUGGUUUUUAAUUUUUUGCUACUGCAGCUUGCAAACGAAAACGCUGUAAAAAUUUUCUGAUGUGUAGCUUGUAAUCUAAAAUAGACCACAUUUUAUUCAAAAUUUUAAGGAGUCACUGAAAUGGAAAAAUGAGUGGAGAAGUGUGUCAUCUAAUUUUCUCUGUAGUUACUUAUUCGCAAGGGCAAGUUCCAGGGUUAAAAAGGUAUAUAGAUGCUUAAGGGGUUCAAAACUGUCCUUUAGUUGAUUUAAACGGCUGCUAUGCCAUUCGAUAGAUUAUAAAAAGAAAACGUUUUGUUCAAAGUUUUAACCCUCUAUCGUGACUGGAGGGGUAGUUAUUGGUUGCCCGUUUCACUUUCUAAAUGCCCGCAUUGAUUGUGAAAAUAAUGUGGCAUGUCACGGCUGUCGAGAUUCAUGGUUGAGAAUUUGUUUAGACAUUUGCGUCAAUGAUCCCGGUUUUAUGAAAUGAAGAACUUCAAAAAACGCAGUUUCCUUAUCGAAGUAGAAAUCGCACGCCUACUGUACAUUUAUAGUAACAAUAUAUUAUCAGAAUUGUAGCUUCAAAAUUUUCCGGAUUUUUCUAUUAGGUGCGCCAUGAUUUAAAGGGUCAUAGAUGAUCAUAAUAUUUAUUGAUGUCGACAGAUGCUGACAAGUAAGAUAGUAUGUGAAGAUAACAAUAUGCCUGAAAGACUAGAACAUCAGAAUGAUUUAGUAUGUAAACAGAGGCUGAGCAAUGGUUAGUUAUUUUCUUUUAAAGAAAUUGAAAACUGACUUAAGGAUGGAGUAGCAAUUAAUACUCUAAAUACAAGCGGCAAAACAGUUUUGAAUAUUGCACGUGAGAAAAAUUAUGAACGUUAAUUACAUUUCUUUUUGCAUUAGAUUGUAAGACAGCAUUAGAUGCCGAAUUUGAAGAUAAUGAUAAUAAUUGCAUGGCAGUUUUGCAUACGGCUGCUAAAUCUGGUCACGUAGACACGAUUAAAUUUCUGAUAAAUGAAAAAGCGAUCUAUUUUAAUAUUAAAGACAAUGCUGGCAUGAUAGUUUUGCAUACGGUUGCUGAAUCUCGACAACUGGACACGGUUAAAUUACCGGAGGAUGAAAAAGAUGUCGAUUUUAAUGCUAGAGACAAUUGUGACAGAACAGCUUUGCACGGGGCUGCUGCAUCUGGAAACUUGGAGAUGGUUAAAUUUCUGAUAAAUGAAAAAGCGGUCGAUUUUAAUGCUACAGACAUUCAUGGCAUAACAGUUUUGCAUGCAGCUGCUAAAUCUGGUCACUUGGACACUGUUAAAUUUCUGAUAAAUGAGAAAAAGGUCGAUUUUAAUGCUAAAAACAAAUUUGGCAUAACAGUUUUGCACAAAGCUGCUAUUUCUGGUAACUUGACGAUGAUUAAAUUUCUGAUAAAUGAUAAAGCGACUGAUUUUGAAACUAAAGACUAUGACGGCAGAACAGUUUUGCACUGGCCUGCUCAUUCUGGUAACUUAAAGAUUGUAAAAUUUCUUAUAAAUGAAAAAAUGGUCGAUUUUAAUGCUAAAGACAAAUUUGGCACAACGGUUUUACAUAGGGCUGCUAUGUCUGGUAACUUGAGAAUGGUUAAAUUUUUGACAAAUGAAAAAUCGGUCGAUUUUAAUUUUAGAAACGAUGAUGGCAUGAACGUGGUUAAAUUUCUGAUUGAUGAAAAAGAAGUCGAUUUUAAUGCAAGAGACAAUCAUGGCAGAACAGUUUUACACACGGCUGCUAACUCUGAUAACCUGGAGACAGUUAAAUUUCUGAUUAAUGAAAAAGAGGUUGAUCUUAAUGCUAGAGACAAUCAUGGUAGAACAGUUUUGCACACUGCUGCGAAUUCUGGUAACCUGGGGAUGGUUAAAUUUCUUAUAAAUGAAAAAGUGGUCGAUAUUAAUGCUAAAGACAGUGAUGGCAUGACAGUUUUACAUACGGCUGUUAAAUGUGGUCACUUGGACGCUGUUAAAUUUCUGGUGGAUGAAAAAGAGGUCGAUUUUAAUACUAAAGACAAUCUUGGCCGAUCAGUUUUGCACACGGCUGCUAACUCUGGUAACCUGGAGAUAGUUGAAUUUCUGAUAAAUGAAAAAGAGAUACAACUGCUAAAUAUGAUCACUUGGUGACACGGGUAAAGGAAGAAAAGGUCGAUUUUAGUGCGGAAGAUAUUAAUGACUGCUCAUUUCUAUAGUUGAAUUCCUAAGAAAUAAGGAAACUGUCGUCUAUCAGGAGAAGCUUUAACAUCAUUAGUUACUUCAGCAAGUAUUUGCAAGCUGAGAGAUAGUAGCAGUUCUAUUUCACACUCUUGUGUGACACGGUGUCACAUGAUGUUGUGUGAGAUGGAGAUAGAAUCAGGCAAACAAAAUAUUGCGAAGAUGGAAAAAUGGCAUGAAGUGAGAAAAUAUGGAUCUUUUUAAUAAGGCUGUAUUUAUAAUAAAUCAAUGAUCAAAUGUGUUGUUUUAAGCAAUAUAUGAUACACAGAGUAUAUUCUUUCUGAAUAAUCAUCAUGCUGCCAAAGAAGUGUUUCGUAUAGGAAUUAUGUAUUCUUCAGUGAUCUUGACUUUGUAAAAUUGACUUCACAAUUUUGUAGCUGAAGGACUGCUUCAAUUUACUAUAACCAUUACCUUUAGAUGACUUUAAAUUCAAAAACUUAGAUACAAUCAACAGAGACGGUAUUAUCGUUAUAUUGUUAGAUUUGUCUACCAGUUUUAUUAGUUUAUUGUGAAUAUGUAAUUGGAUUAAGAAAUUAUCAAAUAAUUUUCCAUAUUAUCGUAUUUGUUAAUCAAACCAGCAUUUCUGAACUCAAGGUGAUGUGAAAUCCAAAAUAUAUAUCAUUUAACGCGAAAGUCAGGCUUGCCUUAAGAUUUUUAGGGAAAACAUAAUUUGCUUUGUAUUCAAAACAUUUUGUUCACAGAUUAUUGGAAAUGUCUAAAAAAUGGUGGUUCAUGUUAAUAAAUAAAUUCUACAUUUAGCUUCGCAA